AUGAACGGCUCGAUCCCACCUGAUAUUGGGGGCCGAUCGUUCUGGGAGACGAAUGGUUCGAUAUUGCUACCAGGAGAUAUCAAUCUAAGAUGGGAGGAUUAUCGAGAAAUUGUUCAGCCGGACAAAGCGAGCUUUUGGGUUAUGCUUGGAAGUUUAUUGCUAUUUGUUAUAUGGGUUUUAUUCCUAACAUAUUAUAUGUCACGUGUUUUUGGGCCAAUUGUUGCGUUCAUAUUCACACGACUUGCGCAUCUCAAAGGAUACGAUGUACAGAUAAUCAUAGGUCAGUGCGGUAAAAUUCAAUUCGCCCCAUUUUUUCUGUAUUACAAAUUUCUUGAUUUUCCCCUUUUUGUUAAUUUAGCAAUUCUUUUUUGCGUCAACAUGUUGCUUGUCUCUGCUUCAGGAUCAUUUUCCAUAAGUUUGCUUUCCGGGAAAAUAAUGUUCCGAAAUUUUCGAUGUAUAUGCCAAAAUUUUUCAUUUUGCUGCAAUGAUGGUUGGAUUAUUUUUUCUUACUGGAACUAUAUCCCUUCGAAUUAUGCCCAUAAAAGUAAUAUCUCAAGAUUGCAUAUUUCGUUGAAUGGCGUGCAGCUACACGUGUACAAUCGCUUGACCAGUUAUCGGCGGCUAGCCAGAUAUUUCGGGAUCGAAAAGCUAUUUGUUCCAUUGAAGGAUGAAACAGAUGCGGGAAAAGCACGAAAACUUACAAAGGAAGAAGAGCUGGAAUGGGAUAAAUACUAUGACAGCUUGUGGUCACUAAUUGGUUACAUCAAGCUGGACAUCAGUUCCGGACGUCUGGUUGCCGGAAACGCACUUCUUCCCUCAAUGAUGGUGCUCUCGUUUGAAAAUUAUACAUCUAAAAUUUCCCUCAAGGAGUAUGGCAGAGGCGAUGAUAUGGCGCUGUUGAGUGUGAUCGGUGGCACCGAAAAUGUUCGUGUCUCGGUGGUCCAGUGUAGCCAGUUCUUAAAGAAGUCGCAUCAGAGCAUUCGAUGUUGCGAUCCGCCACGUACUAUGGGCGAUGGCUUUGCGGUCGUCCAAACUGCGCAUCUCAAUUUCUUUUACAAUCAGUCCAUUUUAGGUGUGGUAAAGGAAGGCCAACAGUCAAUGGUUGAGGAUCCGCCAGUCUGGGAAUCUGUUUGGCGAUUUGACAAAAAUACCGUCUUCUCAUAUGGUCCAUGGGCUGAUGCACAACGUACGCUCCUCUAUGAUUUCUUCUUCCCUCCAGAACAUCGUAAUGCCGAAGUGACUGUAAUGCCAAAAGAAGGGGAACGACGAAUCCUGUUAUCGCAUGACAUGAGAAUUUCGUUGUUGAGUGAUGCAGCGAUUGAUUUGUGGUUCAUGAGAGGCGAUGAACUGAAUGCACUGCAUUUGCGCGUAAAACAAGGCUCUUCUGUUGAUCUCAAAAUGCCUUGGGUGACGACCGAUCAGGGAUUUGUGACGACGUUGCGUUGUUGUUUUUUGUUCGUUGAAUCGUCCACUUCUCUCAUUUAUCCGAAAUUCUUCCAAUGCGAAACAUUGCGUUUAUCACUAAAUGUUCAUUAUCCACGUGUUUUCAAUGCACAUCAACUGUGGAAAUUUGCCGUUGAAAUUAACAAAAUCAGCGCCUGGGUCGUCUGGGACCAUAAACACUUUUUCACUGAUCUUAUUAAUGAAUGGACUUCUAGUUCAUCGCCGGAUUUGUUCAGUUUUGUUCCGUACACCUGGGAAUUUGAAAUAAACGUUACGGAUAGUUUCGAACUUUUCCUCUUGCUCAAUGAGAAUAAUUGGAUCAAUACAAGUUCAUCAAUAUCGGCGGAAAAUCAUCUUGCUGCAAUUGUUGGUAAAAAUGUAGCCGCAUCAUUCGCACUGCCGUUUCUGGAUUUUUGCCCGGAAACAAUCACAACAGUGUAUGAAAUCAAUGUGCAUGGGAUGCUUGGACUUCGCGCUUGGCUACCACCAAAAAGUCCCCUCUACAGUGUCCUCCAUUCCCUCCUUAAAUAUGCGCCAUUUGCGAUCACUUCGCCCACAACCGAAAAUUUGCCAACAAUAUCAAACCUUGCCGAAGAUUGGGUGGAACUGUGGCGGACUGAAAGUAUCACGUUGCUGUUCGAGUACACCUACUAUCCGUUGUACCGCGAUCCGUUAUCAGAUCUUCCAUCAAACGUAAUCAGGCCUUCAGCAAAUAAGCAAACAACGCCAAUGGCGUUACCUCCGGAUCAGCUACUGCUUGAGGUGACGAUCGAUGAUUCGGAAGUGGUGCUAGUGGGGCUGAUCAUACGGUUGAUUAUUGACUUGAAGAACAAUUAUUUUGGCUUAUACGAUCAGGAUUGGGUGGAACUGUGGCGGACUGAAACUAUCACGUUGCUAUUCGAGUACACCUACUAUCCGUUGUACCGUGAUCCGUUAUCAGAUCUUCCAACAAACGUAAUCAAGUCUUCAGCAAAUAAACAAACAGCGCCACUCACAUUACCUCCAGAUCAGCUACUGCUUGAGGUGACGAUCGAUGAUUCGGAAGUGGUGCUAGUGGGGCUGAUCAUACGGCUGAUUAUUGAUUUGAAGAAUAAUUAUUUUGGCUUGUACGAUCAGCUGACCGAUGUGAAUGAAAUAAAUCGCGAUACGGCACCUGCUCCACUCUAUGGCAAUGCCAUCAUGGACCAGUGUGAACGAUAUAGGCCCUUGUCAUUGCGUCUUUGUUUGCGUGUCGGCAAAAUCAAAGGAUAUUGUUUGGUUCACAGCUCCAAAAUAAACUCAUCAUCAACAGAUAGUUGUCCAGUGGUUCAUGUUGAUCAAAUAGUACUCGAGAUUGCUAAGGACCCGUUGGGAACGAUGGUGCAGGUCGGCGUGGGUACUGCAUCGGUACAGCUCAAACCGUCCCAGGAUUUCCCGGCAUCUACAGGCGGUUUGCUGGUACUCGAAACGUUUUCCUUUCGUGGUCAGGCACUUUUUUCUGAUCUGGAUGUACCGUGGGAUGCAGCAACACUGGAGUAUGGAUGGCUUAUGGAAAUUGCUAUUGGACAGUUACUCGGAAAGCUUCAUCCAACACAGAUGGUUUUCGAUGAAUUUACAUGCCCAGAAUACUGGAACAACAAUAGUUGUCCAGUGGUUCAUGUUGAUCAAAUAGUACUGGAGAUUGCUAAAGAUCCGUUGGGGACAAUGGUGCAGGUUGGUGUGGGUAAUGCAUCGGUACAAUUCAAACCAUCCCAGGAUUUCCCGGCAUCUACAGGCGGUUUACUGGUACUCGAAACGUUCUCUUUUCGUGGUCAAGCACUUUUUUCUGAUUUGGAUGUACCAUGGGAUGCAGCAACACUGGAGUAUGGAUGGCUUAUGGAAAUUGCUAUUGGACAGCUGCUCGGAAAACUUCAUCCAACACAGCUAAAAUACAAGUCGUUGCGUGUUAGCGUCGAGCAGCUGAGCCUGGUUGUUGCGGAAGAACGAUGUGCUUUCCAACUCGAACUACGACCAAUUCGUUUGGCAUAUUGCAACUGUCACUGUGCCUCAUUUUGUGCAGCCUUCCUUCUCAAAUUGCCCUUGGUAAGUUUACCCACCGGUACCUUUGAAACGUAA